AAAAAAAAAAAAAAAACUAAAAUUAUUAUCCCAUCAAAAUAUAAGGAGAUAAAAUUGAUCCAUCAAAUAACACCAUCUUUGAUCAGCCCAUUCCCACCACUCAUACAACGAAGAGAGAAAGAGAAAACAUCGACCAUCCAUCAGCAAUGGAGAGAAAGCCUGCAUUGUUAAACGUCAUUGUCUUCUUAUCCUUGGCCUUGGUCGUUCGAUCUGCGGGAGAUGACGACGCAAAAUGCGUGUACACCAUAUACGUCAGAACAGGUGGCGUCCUAAAAGCAGGAACUGACUCAAAGAUCAGCCUGGAAUUAUGGGGCCGAAACGGCGACGGAGUAAGAAUCAACGACAUCGAGAGUUGGGGUGGGCUUAUGGGCCCAAAACACGACUACUUCGAGAGGAGUAAUUUGGACGUGUUCAGUGGGCUUGGCCCAUGUCUGAAUGCACCCGUUUGUGCUAUGCGGGUGAUUUCCGAUGGAUCUGGGGCUCACCAUGGAUGGUACUGCAACCACAUUGAGAUCAGCACUACCGGACCUCAUGUCCAGUGCGCACAAAAGAGGUUUAAGGUUGAACAAUGGCUUGCUUCUGAUGCUUAUCCAUAUGAGCUCUCUGCUACUAGAAAUUACUGCUCUGAUUCUCUCUCUAAACAACUUGUUCCUGAUUUGAAGUCCAUUUCAUCCAUUUGAAUUAUUGAUUGAUUUAUUUUUGACAACAACAACAACAAAAGUGUGUUGAUGAUUUGUGGUUUGUGAUCAGAUUGGGAUCCGAUGAAAUCUUUUUUGUAACUGAUUUAUGAUGAUAAUAAAAGUUUUUUGGGGAGUUUUUUUGUGUUAA